GUUGUUUUCAAUUAUAUUUAUUUACUAUUACUAUAAAACUAUCUUUACCAAACUAACUUAAACUAAUUCUGAAAUAAAAGUUGUUAUGCCUACUGCUACUAAAUUUAUGUGAAACUAUUUUUGUAAAAAUGAGUGACUCUGAACUCGCUUAUGGGUCUUCUCUAACCGUUGACUCAAUUAAAGUUAUUGCAGAAAGUGUAGGAAUUGCAAAUCUAGGUGAUGAUGCAGCAAAAGAAUUGGCCGAUGAUGUUUCAUUUCGACUUAAAAUAAUUGUUCAAGAUGCAAUGAAAUUUAUGCAUCAUGCUAAGCGGCAGAAGCUGUCUAUAACUGAUAUAGACAAUGGUCUCAAAAUUAAAAACAUGGAGUGUCAGUAUGGCUUCAUACAACCUGAUUCAUUACCCUUCCGUUUUGCAUCUGGUGGUGGCAGAGAACUUCAUUUUGUGGAAGAAAAAGAAAUUGAUUUGUCAGAAAUACUGUCAACACCACCCCCAAAGAUUCCAUUGGAUGUUUCUGUCAGAGCUCAUUGGUUAAGUGUUGAUGGUGUACAGCCUGCAGUUCCGGAAAAUCCUCCUCCAUUAUCUAAAGAAGCUCAGAAGCUUGAGUCUGUUGAUCCCAUUACAAAAUUAAGCAAGCCCAGUAAUAAAGACUCUGCAGGUAAACCGGUGUGUGGUAAAGCAGCACGUUUGAAAGCUUCAGAAUCCGUACAUGUAAAACAACUUGCGACUCAUGAAUUAAGUGUUGAACAACAACUUUACUACAAAGAAAUCACGGAGGCCUGCGUUGGAAGUGAUGAAGCCAGACGGGCAGAAGCGUUACAAUCGUUGGCAUGUGACCCGGGACUGCACGAGAUGUUACCAAGAAUGUGCACAUUCAUUUCGGAAGGAGUUAAAGUAAAUGUUGUGCAAAAUAAUCUUGCACUUCUUAUAUACCUGAUGAGAAUGGUCAAAGCACUACUUGACAAUCAAUCCCUAUAUUUGGAAAAAUAUUUACAUGAACUGAUUCCUUCAGUUUCAACAUGCAUUGUAUCGCGGCAACUAUGCCUGCGACCAGAAAUGGAUAACCACUGGGCAUUGAGAGAUUUUGCAGCACGUCUCAUGGCACAAAUAUGCAAAACUUUUAAUACUUCUACUAAUAAUCUACAAACAAGAGUUACAAGAUUAUUUGCGAAGGCAUUGCAAUGUCCCUCUCAAACGAAUAAUGAAACUGGCAAUGGGCCAUCCAUGGUUACUACAAUGAAAGAGUCGGAGAAGACCCCUCUUGCAUCCCUGUAUGGUGCAGUACAAGGAUUGGCAGAGCUUGGUCCUGAAGUUGUUAAGGUGUUCAUUCUGCCGCGUGUUCGUUGGCUGGGCGAGCGCGUGGAGGGCGCGCUGAGCGGCAUCGGCGGCGCGGACCGGCUGGCGGCCGGCAACCUCAAGCACCAGCUGCUCAAGGUGCUCGCGCCAGUCGUGCGCCAGCUGCGCCAGCCGCCGGACGUGCCCGAUGACUACAAACGCGACUAUGGGUACCUGGGUCCGAGCCUGCAGCAGAUGGUGAUCAAGUUGCGCACGACGCCGGCGGCGGGUGGCGGUGGCGGGGCGGUGGCCGUGGUGUCGUGCACUCCGCCCCUCGUGCCGCACGCCCCGCCCGCGCCCUCGCCCUCUCCUUCGCCAGCGCCCUCUUCCGCUCCCUCUAAAGUUGCGGAGAGCGUGGCGCGUAACGUGGUGAUAUCGGCGCCCUCCACCCCGCCCCCGCAGAAGUUCGUCAUCGUCUCGCAGCAGAAGACUCCUCAAGCACAGGUGUCGAGUAGCGGCCACAUAGUGCACACCUCUCAGCCGACUAUAGUGCGCAGCCAAAACGUCCAGUCGGUGGUGGUGACGAGCGGACCGCCGGGCGGCGCGGGCGCAGGUGGGGGCGGCGCGGGGGGAGGGGCUCCGCCUCAGAAGUUGGUCGUGGUGGGCGUGCCGCCGCAGGGCUCCGCCUCCGCCGCACUACCGUCGCUCAGCCAGGCUCCGGUGUCGGUGAUGGCGAAGCCUGUGUUCGUGCGCGCGGGACAGCCUUCGCAGCCGCCGCCCGAACUGGACGACCUGUCGCACCUCGCCUAGACCACACCACAGUGACGUCAUCGCCUCAGCAUUGCCUAUUUGGGCUGCUAUCUAUUAUUCCACUUCUUUAGCAGUAAAGUAACAAAUAUAAGUUCAGACGUGGUUAAUUUAUGUUUUAGCUAAUCUAUAAAAGAUUUAUUUUUCUGUCAAACGUACUAUGUGUGAUUAUGUCUUUCCUUUGUAAAAAUAAAUCGUGUAAAAUUUACCAGGAAAAUUCUAAUCCUACAUUUGAAUGAUCAUAAAAUGAAUAGUUGUUAAGCACUGACUAAGAUUGACAAAAAUAACUAUUUCAUAAUAACAGAUAAUCAUUUUUAUUUAUUUUGAAUGACAACUUACUAUGGUGUGAUGGCGCAAUCAGCAAUUUACAAAUAAAAAUGUUUUGCACUUUUCAAUUUUUUCUUAACACCUUUACAUAAGAAUUCCGCAUAUCAGCAUACACAUGAUAAUGGAUGAAACUUUUUCCUUUUUAAUUAAACAUCAUACGUUCCAACAUAAUUUUUUGUAGUAAGUAAGUGAUUUUACCAACCGAUAUGACUACAGCAUUAGUGCAUCAAGAGCAAUUUUAACUGUGUGUUUCCACUUUAUAAAAACUUGUACAAAAGCAUAUCGUCGUCCUCCUGAUUUUUCUUGACAAAACACAGACUUUUUGGCAGUCGAAAUUCAAGUGAGAAUACAAUAAAACCGCUGUAACGAUUUUACUAAAAAUUUUGUUACAACUGUACCAAAUUAUAAAGUUUCAGGUUUUUGUUAUUUCAUUAGAUUUAAGAGUAAUUGUAUCAAAUGAUUUUCAAUAAAUGGUCUUUCGUAACACCCAUAAUU